UUCCAUCGCUAAUAUAUAUACUCUCAUAAGGUGCUUGUUUCGUCUAAUCUAUACUUCGCGUUAGGGUUUUGGUUCUCUCUCGAGCUCUCUCACAUUAGGGUUUCAGAUCUCUCUUAGUUCCGAUCUCAAGGUUCAAGUCUAGGAUUUCGUUUUGCAGUUUAUUGCGUUUCCUCAGUCCGAUCUGUGACUUUCAUCUAGGAUGCCUCCGCGAGCAGCGAAGAAGGCGACCGCCGCUCCCGGCCCGAAGCGGACGCCGAGAGCGACUAGGAAGGCGCAGAACCAGCAAGACGCUGCUGAAGAGUCGCCGGCCAAGGUUGAAGAAGUUUCGGCAUCGGUGGUUGAGGUGAAGGAGGAUGUCAAGGUCGAGGAGGUUGUGGUAGAGAAGCCGGCGGUCGAAGAGAAACCUGAACGAAAGUCGGAGGCGAAUGGAGCGAUUGCAGCCAAAAAGGAUGAUGAGAUGAAAGAAUCGUUAGAUGAGUAUGAAAAAGGUGAGCGGUUAGACUUGGAGGACAAUGAAGCUGAGUAUGAACCUGAGGAAGAUGUUGGGGUGGAUUAUGAUGAGAAGGAAAUUGACCAAGAAGAUGUUCAAGAAGAAGGAGAUGAAGGUGAGGAGGAAGUAGAGGAGGGGGAUGUAGCUGAUGAGGAAGAGGCUGAUAUGGUUGAGGAGGAAAUGGAAGAUGUCCUUGAGGAGGUUGAGGGUGAGGAGGAUGAAGAGCAUGUAGGCGAAGAGCGUGCUGAAAUGGUUGAUGCAGAUGAAGAAGAGCAUCAUGAAGUUUUUAAAGAGAGGCGCAAGCGUAAGGAGUUUGAAGUAUUUGUUGGUGGCCUGGACAAGGAUGCAACUGAGGAUGACCUUAAGAAAGUCUUUAGUGAAGUUGGUGAGGUUACUGAAGUCAGACUAAUGAUGAACCCUCAGACUAAGAAGAACAAGGGUUUUGCAUUCUUGCGUUUUGCAACUGUGGAACAAGCAAAACGGGCUGUUACAGAGCUAAAGAACCCAGUGGUAAAUGGGAAACAAUGUGGUGUUACGCCAAGUCAAGAUAGUGAUACCCUUUUCCUGGGUAACAUAUGCAAGACAUGGACAAAGGAAGCUCUGAAGGAGAAGCUGAAACAUUAUGGGGUUGAGAGUAUUGAGGAUCUAACACUGGUUGAAGAUAGUAAUAAUGAGGGAAUGAACAGAGGGUUUGCCUUUUUGGAGUUCUCUUCUCGUUCAGAUGCUAUGGAUGCUUUUAAGCGUCUUCAGAAGAGGGAUGUUGUGUUUGGAGUUGAUAGGACUGCAAAGGUUUCUUUUGCUGAUUCCUUUAUUGACCCUGGAGAUGAAAUAAUGGCUCAGGUUAAAACUGUAUUUGUGGAUGGUCUUCCUGCUUCAUGGGAUGAAGAUCGUGUCAGGGAGCUUCUCAAGAAAUAUGGGGAGAUUGAAAAGAUUGAGCUUGCCCGUAAUAUGCCUUCUGCCAAGAGGAAGGAUUUUGGUUUUGUCACAUUUGACUCUCAUGAUGCGGCAGUGACAUGUGCCAAAAGCAUCAACAAUGCUGAGUUGGGCGAAGGGGAUAAUAAGGCUAAAGUUAGGGCUAGGUUGUCAAGACCACUUCAAAGAGGCAAGGGAAAACAUGUUGGUCGGGGAGAUUUUAGGCCUGGGCGUGGGGCUGGAAGAGUUGUUAGGGGAUCUUGGGGUCGUCCAGUUCCACGUAGUCUUCCUGUUCGUGGUGCAAGAGGGAUUGGAGGUCGUCUCCCUCCAGCUGUUGAUCGUGGAUUAAAGAGGCCUGUAUCAUUUAGGGACAGACGUCCUCCUUUAGCUGUGGCAGCAAGAGGCAGGCCCCUGCCUCCUGUGUCUAGGUCAUAUGACCGUAGAGCGCCUGUACCUUCAUACCCCAGAAGUAGCUUGAAGAGGGAUUAUGCCCGGCGUGAUGAACUAACUUCAAGGAGCAGAGCUGCUGCAGAGUAUGGUUCAAGGGUUGUCCCAGAGCGGCGCUCAUCAUAUAGAGAUGAGUAUGCUGCUCGUGGUUCUGGAUACUCUGAUUUGCCAAGAAGUACGUCCCGCACUGUUGGAAGGAGAACUUAUGUGGAUGAUGGCUAUGGACAGAGAUUUGAAAGGCCUCCGCCAAGUUACCGUGAAGGACGUGCCCGUGAUUAUGAUUCUAUUUCUGGGUCAAAACGUCCAUAUAAUGCAAUGGAUGAUGUUCCUCCACGCUAUGCUGACGCUAGUGGACGCCAGUCAAGAGCUCGUUUGGACUAUGAACUUACGGGUGGCAGUUCUCAAUAUGGGGACACGUAUGGCGAGAGACUUGGGAGGUCAAAUCUAGGAGGAUAUGGCAGCAGCAGGAGCUCUAUCUCUAGUCAGGAACCGCAUGGGCUUUAUGGCAGUCGACAGGGUAUGGGCUAUAGUGGAGGCUCGUUCAGUGGUAGUGAUGUUGGGGGGAUGUACUCAUCAAGCUUUAGCAGUGAUUACAUGUCUCGUGGAAAUGAUGUUGGUGGUGGUUCCUACUCAUCACUAUAUUCAAGUCGUAGCAUGGGUGGUAGUAGUUACAUGGGAAGUGGUGGGUCUGGAUCAUAUUAUUGAAGAUUUGAUUUGACAAAGAGGCUGCUUUAGGAACUGCAAUGUUUGAAGGUUAUGCAUUUUGAUGCCUACAGCUUUGUGAAGGAAGCAUAUUGCCAAGCAUAAAUAGCCUGUAUGGAUGUGGGAAAGAGUUGAGUUCUAUAAUGAAAGGAAUGUAAUGCUUCAGAGCUUUUUAUACCUAAGAAUGGAUUUCCAUCUUUCUAGACCUAAAAAUGGAUUUCCUGCAGUCGUACUUUUCUUUGUAAGGAAACUUUGAGUUAUUUAGAGCUCAAAAACAAGAAGUUCGUGGUAUGUGGUAUUUAAGAAAUGCAUCUUUUAUUCACUGUUAAA